AGAAAACGGAAAAAGAGAAGGCCUGUGCAGCACCAAACAUACUGCAGUGAAAGAGUGAAAGCCAAACCAUUUUUAUCUCUCUCUCUCUUCUUCCCUCCGUCAACAGCCACCCAGUCAGUCUUCACCAUUCCGUUGCCUCUGCUGUUUAUCCGCAAAAUUCCAUUCUCAACCUCCAAGCUCUUGGACUAAAUUCAUUGCCAGCCCCGUGGCUACACACGUAGCUCUGUUGCUUGUUUGGACCUCAGUUCAGUAAUGGAGGAGGUCCUGGCUCCGACUUGUCGGCGGCCUGGAGCUAUAAUCCUUUUCACCAUGGUUUCUUCUGCCCCACUGGAUCCUCUUUCCUCUUCUCCCUGCUGCUGCUGCUGCUUCCGCGCCAAUGAGCUACGUUUCUAGACUCUAGUCACCAUCUCCUGCAGCUAUUUUGCUCGGCCGAUCUCGCCGUCGGUGGCUUCUGCGUUUCCCGCAUACUCAGAUCUGGGUUUUCAGCUUGGUCGCCGUGAAGUUUCACCUGUCGUCGCCGGCGAUGACGGUACCUCCUGCCGCAGUGGCAGCUUCAAUUAAUGUCCCCACUGUUUUGAAGCUUUUCGCUGUGAAUUUGCGCAGCAGGAACACCGAGAAGGCUGUGGAGGAAUCUUUUUGUGGUCUUGGGUUACGUUAUUCUCAUGGCUGAUGUGAAUUCAGCUGGUGUUAAGGCCGAAGAGCGAUUCUUGUCUCCAAUUGAGGCGCCUAUGUUAGGGCCACCUGUUUCAGAUAUGCCCUUGCCAUCAGUAACAGCGCCCAAGUUCCAGAAACCUCACAGAAAACAUUUCUCACCACUUGGUUCACCACCAUCAGUGGUUGCUGCCCCUGCUAGCCCUCCUAAUUAUGAUCCAUUGGUAACUUCAGCUCACCCACCAACUAGCUCGAGCUUGUCUAAACCAUCAAUGAAGAAGAGUGCGUCAUCACCUCCUGGUGUUGGAUUGAUUGUUCUUGCCCCACUCCAGUCCGAUCCUGGCGACAGUCUUUCUGGUUUAGCUCACCCUCCUCUUUCUCCAGAUGUUUCUGAUUGUUGUGGACCAGAGUUGGUGUUGAAGCGAGGUAGUCAUGGCUGCCACUGCGUGUAUCCAAUAAAGCUGGACCUUCUUCUCUCGAAUGUCUCACAAAAUCAUAACUGGGACAUGUUCCUUCAGGAGUUAGCUUCUGAGCUGGGUUUGCUGGUUUCUCAGAUUGAGCUGAUCAACUUCUAUUUUCUCAGCUUAUCGAGAUUAAACAUUUCAAUGGACAUUAUUCCUCACAGUGGAGUCAGUUUUUCUGCCAGUGAUGCAUCGAAAAUAAACACAUCCCUUUACUUGCAUAAAGUUAACUUUGACCCUACCCUUGUUGGUGAUUACAAGCUCCUCAAUCUUACUUGGUUUGAACCACCACCGCCUAGCCCAGCUCCGGUUGCCACUUCAUCACCAAUGCAAGCACCAGUACAUCCAUCUUCAAAUUCUACAUCAGCAAGUGUUUCAAAUAGAACCAAGCAUUCGUAUACACUUUUAAUACUCGUUGUUGUUGGUGCUGCUAUCUUGAUGAUCACCAUUAUAUCUACGGUUUUAGUUUGUUCAUGUGUGUCACGUGGGAGGAGAACUGAACCACCUCUAAAAGAACCUGAAAAGCCAAGGACCAUAGAUACGGCACCUGUAGCAGGAUCUGUCCCACAUCCUUCUAGUACACGUUUCCUGGCUUAUGAAGAACUUAGAGAAGCAACCGGGAACUUUGCACCAGCUAGCAUACUUGGAGAAGGUGGGUUUGGUAAAGUUUUCAAGGGUGUCUUGAGUGAUGGUACUGCUGUUGCAAUUAAGAGGCUCACCAGUGGAGGCCAACAAGGGGGUAAAGAAUUCUUAGUGGAGGUUGAGAUGCUUAGUAGAUUGCAUCACCGUAAUCUUGUCAAACUUGUUGGAUACUAUAGUAGUCGUGACUCUUCACAGAACCUACUUUGUUAUGAGCUUGUUCCAAAUGGGAGCUUAGAGUCCUGGCUGCAUGUAGGUGUUAAUUGUCCUCUGGAUUGGGACACCAGAAUGAAGAUUGCUCUGGAUGCUGCCCGAGGGCUUGCUUACCUGCAUGAGGACUCCCAGCCAAGUGUUAUCCACAGGGAUUUUAAGGCAUCCAACAUUCUGCUUGAAAACAAUUUCCAUGCUAAAGUUGCAGAUUUUGGACUUGCCAAACAGGCGCCCGAAGGCAGAGUAAAUUAUCUCUCCACGAGAGUGAUGGGAACAUUUGGGUUAGUUUUGGCUCUUCUUUGUUCUAAGACCACUCCUAUUGUGUGUUUAUAUGUAGCGCCAGAGUAUGCUAUGACCGGACAUCUACUGGUAAAAAGCGAUGUAUACAGCUAUGGAGUUGUGCUGCUCGAGUUGCUCACUGGGAGGAAGCCUGUAGAUAUGUCGCAGCCAUCUGGACAGGAAAACCUCGUGACUUGGACAAGACCAAUUCUUCGCGACAAAGACCGACUAGAAGAGCUGGUGGAUCCAAGGCUCGGAGGGAAGUACCCAAAGGACGACUUUCUCCGAGUCUGCACAAUAGCAGCAGCUUGCGUCGCCCCAGAGGCGAAUCAACGACCCACCAUGGGCGAAGUGGUGCAGUCACUGAAAAUGGUGCAGCGAGUGACGGAGUAUCAAGACGCCCCUCCGCCUGUGGCAUCGAGUGCCAGGCCGAACAUGAGACAGUCGUCCACCACAUUUGACUCCGACGGGACAUCUUCCAUGUUCUCAUCGGGUCCUUUCUCUGGGAUGAGCACGUUCGAGAAUGAUAACUUCUCGCGCACUGCGGCUUUCUCGGAAGAUCUUCAUGAAGGACGGUGAGCUCUUGGAAUGGGUUUUAGUAGUUUAGGAAUUUUUGCUUGCGAAUGGAGACAGACGGUAGAUGGGCUCUUGAUUGUGCGUGCUGGAGAAUGGUGGAGGGGAAGCAACCACUGGGAAGUCACUAUGGCUCGUGGGAGUGGUGGGGUAAUAGUGGAAGGCAGUGGUUUUGCUCUCUUCCUUGGUUGUGAGAAUUUUGUAAAUAUGGCUUCCUUGUUGUAGCUUGUACUAUUCGAUUGGACUUCAAAUGGAUUUCCCCCAUUUAUGUGCUCUCUUCAUGUUCAUUUGAUUUCUUUCUUUUGUAUAUUUGGCGGACUUAUGUUGUUGGACAGAGCUGCUACAGAGCUGAGUGGAGUUGAGCUUCAGAAUGUUCAAAUUUAAGUUGUCCAUUUAUUCUCUAAACUAAGCAGUUUUGUCCUAAUGGCAUACUUGAGUCAAAUGCGAUGCUUGAACCCGUUAACUUGAC